AUGUCGAUCCGGCAGAAAUGGACGACAGAGGACGACCUCGAUGCCAUCGACUUCAUCUACAAUUCGUUACGAUCGAGUGACUUGGAGCUGAGAAGAGCGGCCCGGACCUGUUUGGGCAAGGGCAUCUGGGUCAGCUACGUCGCCAAAUAUCCAACGCGCGGAAUUACUUGGGAGUCGGCUCAGUCAAGAUUCCGCAAGCAAAUUCUGCCACGUCUGCACACCUACGGCUUAGAUGACGAUAAAAUGAAGUGCUUGUUGUUGCGGCUCAGCCUCGAGCUUUCCCCUCGGUUGAAGAAGAGCAUUGAGAACACGUACAGGGUCGCGAUAAACACAACCAAGAAAGGCGAGGUCCUCGACAUUGUCGACAUUAAAGUGGACUCGUCAUCGAGCAACGACACGGUACGGAUAUCGUCUACGGGAUCAGAAGCUACUACGACGGGGCUAGGAAGCUCUGAUGAUGUCGUUCCGGACACGCAAGCAUUCAAUGACAAUGAUAUGUGGUCACAAAGUGGCUCUUCGUCUAACAUCGAGGUUGUGCGGGAAGAUUACGCCCCUCCGACGCCCGAAUUCGAUUCCGAAGGGAGCAAUUUCCAUAUGGAAGAAGUGAUUCAGGAGCAAGACGACUAUGACAUGUCGCCGCUGGAAGAAAAUGAAAGCGUGACGGUGGCCCCACCUGAAGACUGGUACCUCCCAAUUGGCGAUUUCGUUCGACAUCCAGCUGUUGCGCCACCGGCAGUCACCAGGGAGAUUCGAAGCACGAUAAUGGCCGUGCCGAGAGAAGAGAUUAUUCUGGCCCUCUGCGACGUCAACUCCGUAAAUGUGGCGGCAACGAUCGAGACAAAUAUGCUCAUGGAUCAAAGCGGCCCUGAUGAUCUCGGGCAAAAUGAUGAGCCUAGUCUCGUGGUCCCUGCGACCGCGGACGAUUCAUCCUCGCCGAAUUGCUUGAUCGAUGAUUCGGUUGUCGACGAAGCGUCAACCCUCAAUGCAUCACAGCAAGACAACGGCUUUUCCUCGGACGUCACUCCGCCAAGCAUCCAGUUGCUACUGGUCCCUAAGCCAUUGGAAGUCCCAAAGGAUUGGCUGGAGGAGGCGAAGCGGCAAGAGAUGGUGAAAAAAUUGGCGUUUGUGCUGAACGGACUCGGACUGCUGAUGAGUGCGUCCGAAGCAAUCGAGCUGACACGCGAUUAUGAACACGCCAUCGCCGAAACCAGCGAGGACAUCGUGGCCUACACCGCCAACAUCGAGGCGAUCAUCCUGGACCUUUUGGCGAAGCGCGAGACACCGCUUUGCCUUGAUGCUCCCCCACUCGCCAUCACGAUGUUUGAGCAUCUCCCGAAUCUUCAGCCUUCACCGUUAGCACAUUCACUGGAAUGGCACGCCCAACUGCAGCCUACCGACCGCCGCGCGCUUCUGAUCGAAUGCCUUGAUGCUUUGAAAGAUACUCCAAAGGGUAUCGUGGCCAGGAUGUACGCGUAUGUGAGCGAAUGCGAACGUAGCCUGUGCGAUACCUGUUCCAGUCUGGAAGGCUAUCGCAGAAAGAUGGCGCAGCUCCGUCAGACUUUGGCAAAGACGAACGGGCUCUAUGCCGCGACUCAAAAA